AAGAGGGUGCUUAUUGCCCAGAAAGCGUAAGAGUCGGCGCGAUCGUAAAUACUUAAGCGCUUAUUGAUGAAAUUAAAUUAUGAGUACUUAAGUAAAAGCUGUGCGUUGACAAUUUGUGUAAACCGUCGGCAAGUAAACAAACAAGUGAACGCUUCAAAGUGAUUGAAGCGUGUAACCGUGUUACCGUGUUACCCAGUUAUCAGCGCCACAAAUCGGUGAACGCAUCGUAAGCGCAUCCUAAACGAAUCGCGCUAUGACGUACCGAGCGAAACAACCAGUCAACAGGUUAUUGCGAUUCCGAGGAAAAGGUGGACGUACGUACCCCCAGAGCAUGCGCAAACGGUGGGCGGCAAAUAUGGUCAGCAGCUGUUCCAAAGCAACGCCGGAGAGCAAAAGUAAAAGCCCAGUGACAAUAGCGAGCUAAUAACGUUGGACAAAUGGACAAAGCGCCACUCCACGUGGUUGAGUCACAGCCGAAUCACUAGCCGGCUGGUCGGCAAUGCUCAUUGCAAAUCGAUUAAUGCGAACACAAAGACCGAACGAUUGAGUUUAUGAAUUAAACAAGUGCAGAGCCAUCGGCGUUGUGCGCACGGGUUGAAGCCAACGUCGCGAAGGUAAUAUGUACACGUAAUGAGCACGGUGAUCGUCUGUCUCUACAAGCUCUGCACGUUUUGGAAGCAGCAGAAGCAGCUGAGAGAAGCGCUUCGCAUCAGCUGGGGCAAAUGGAAGACCACAGCCUGUGCGGAUACCGCAUUCGAAACGGCGGUAAGACAAUCAGUCUAUAGACAGCCGUCCGCGCACGAUUAUCUUAGUGAGGCAACGCGACUCCACCAACCAACAUUUUCUUCAACGCGAUCCCGGAAUUCAUACAUGUAAAACCGAUAUGGAGGUUUCACCUUUUCCUGCGAACGAGAAAAAAGUUACAAACCGCCAAUGAAAGUGCAAAAUUAAAAAAAAAAAAAGCAAAAAUGCUACACAACAGAAAAAAGAAAGAAAGCCAAUAAGUAGCAAUAAAUGUGAAAAGUGAAAAGUAAUAAUAUCAGUUAAGGCGCCCAAUAAGCGCGCACAAGCACACACAUACACAACAAAAAAAAAAAAAGAAUUACCCGCCGUGACGUUCCAACCACAAUUAGUGUUAACUUUUGACCCAGCGUUUAAGUCGGCACCUUUGUUUUUAUAUACUCAUAUAUUUCGCGUUCCUGGUUUUUACAUUACGCGCACAAAGUGAAGUGAUUGUUAAAUCUUAUGGCAAGCGUCGUCAUACACAUAGAAUAAUUGUGCAGAAACUCAACGUCCUACAACCACCUACAUUUAGCCGACACACUAAGCCAUAGCUGCAGCUGCAACAUAAGUCGUCGCUGUCUGUUGGCCAAGUAGCAAAGUGUGUUGGCUGCCAUUCACACAAUUCGUUACGCGCACUACACGUCGCAGUAAUCCAGUAUGUCAUUCUGCAACAUUGCGGCCAUCCGUGGUAAUAACACUGCGAACGCGUUUAACUAGCAACAUCAUCAACGACAUCAUCAGUGCCACCUUUCGCAGCAUCUUUGCGUCACGCGCGCGUCAUGGCAAUCACCAACAUAAGUUGCAACAUCAUCGAGUCGUUGUUGAUGUUGCUGCUGACAGCCUUGUGUUGCUGGCAAUUGGAGUUUCAGCUAAGCGCAUCCUCAUUUAUGGUUGAAGCGUUUAUCAACGUGCGUCAAACGCGCGACAUCAUCAUCACAGAUGCGGUGAAGCGCAUUCGUCGCGACGGCUAUCCAGUGGAAAAGCAUCAUGUGCUAACAAAAGACGGCUAUGCGUUGACAUUACACCGCAUCCCGCAAUACAACACAUCAGCAACGACGACGACGACGACGACGACGACGACGACGACGACGACGACGACGACUUCGACCACAAGCGGUGGUGGCACAUAUACGCGUCGUCCAGUCGUUUUCCUGUUGGCCGGCAUUUACGCCUCCUCAGACGCUUGGCUACUAAAUGGUCGCGAAAACUCAUUGCCAUAUCUGUUGUGGCGUCAAGGCUACGACAUUUGGUUGGGCAACAAUCGCGGCAAUGUCUAUACGCGACGCAAUGUUUGGUACAACACGACUGAGCGCGAAUUCUGGAACUUCAGCUGGCAUGAGAUGAGCAUUUACGAUAUGCCCGCCAUGGUGGACUACAUUUUGCGGUGUACAGGCGAAACAAAGAUGCAUUUUGUGGGCAUCUCACAAGGUGGCACUGUCUUUUUGGUGCUCAACUCAAUUUUGCCGCAAUACAAUGCUGUCUUCAAGACGGCACAUCUGUUGGCGCCGGUGGCGUACGUCAGCAAUACAAAAGGUGGGCUGGCGAAGAUUUUCGGUCCCAUAUUGGGUACACGCAACUAUGUGGCCAAAGUGUUGGAGGGCAUGGAGAUGGUAUCCACAAACAAGUUUGUGAAGAAGUUCCUGUCGUCACUUUGUUUCGAGAACGAGCGGCCCAUGGUGUGUGUGAGCCGUCUUUGGCCGGCUGUGGGCUAUGAUACGCUACAUCUGAACAAGACUUUGCUACCCGACAUAAUGGCCAAUUUUCCCGUAGGUGGCUCUUUUAAGCAAAUUAUGCACUACUUCCAGGGCUAUGUCUCGUCGAAAUUCCGCCAAUAUGACUAUGGCCCGGAGAAGAAUUGGUUAAUGUACAAUCAAUUAGAACCGCCAGACUAUCAGCUGGAGCUCAUCACAGCGCCUGUUACCAUUUUCUACGCUGAUAAUGAUUACAUCGUUUCGGUGGAGGAUAUUUGGCGACUACUGAUGCGCAUGCGCAACCUUCAGGCCGUUUACAAAAUACCACGCAAACGUUGGAAUCACUUCGACUUCAUUUGUGGGCUGCGCGUGCGUGAGUUUAUAUUUGAUAAAAUUAUCAGGGCAGCAAACUAUUACGAAUACUCGUACAGUUGACGUUAAUUCAAAGAUAUAACUAUAUAAUUCAAAUUAGUUAGGCUUAAGAUUUAAAAUUGUGAUGUAUAUAUACAAUCGAAAACGAGUGUUAUAUUUAGUCGAAAAACUUUUAGGGUUAAGAUUAAAAAGGAAGAAAAGAAUUUGAUUGCACAUUACUAAUGUUUGUUAGGCAGCCGAGCGUUUACUCCAAUUUGGGCUUGAGAUACUCAACGAAAUAGGUUGGGCGAAUUCGGACGAUGGCCACGCGUACCUCUCAUAUAACAUUUGUAUUGUCGAAAAAUGCAAAAAGAACGAUAUUUCCGUAAAUACUGUAAAACUGGUGGGUGAAGUAGAAUUUUGUAAUAAAAUACUUAAGACAAAUAUAAACUUUGUGGAAAAUGGGCGUGGCACCGCCCAUUUUGGAAAUCGAGCAUAAACGGCGAUAAAUCAGUAAAUAAAGAAGCAAUGAUAUUUUACCAGUAAAUAAGAUUAUUAUAAAGUUUUGGAAAAUGGCCUUGGUACCAACGAAGUUUAAUACGUACGCCCGGUAUAUAGAGUUCGGCUUCAACUUAUACUUUUUAUACUUGUUAUACUUAGUUAGGAGGCAUUUUUGGAAGAGCACUUUUUUCUAGUUGAUGUUUUUGUAAUGAAAACUAAACCGGUAACCGCUUAGUGGCAGCAUGACGCUCAAUAUAUUUUACUACAGCGCACAUAGGGGUAUUUCAACGAUUUAAGUUAAUAUUUUAAUUUCUGCAUUAUAUUCUUAAAAAGUAGUGAUGGAUCCGCAUACAGAAGGUAAUAAUGCAUUUAAGGGUAAAUUUUUUUUAAUCAUUGUAUUAAGCAAAAGUUCAAUUUAAAUGUAACGAA